UUCAGUUAACAUUGCUUCGUAUGCGCAUACGGAUCGUUUUCGAACAUAUCUAAUAUUAAGAGAAUUACAAAGCAUGGUGAUGCUUGGAGUCCUACUACCAGCCUUAUUUGUGACGUUUGUUGCUGUCUCUGCAUCCCAUGAAGAAGAGGCAUAUAAAUACCUCCGAGCCUACCAUUACAUAUCUCCAACACGCUCUGGAAACUACGACUUUAACAUAGCAAUCAGGAAUUUUCAACAUUUCAUGGGUUUACCAGUCACUGGGAAUGUCGACGGAGCCACAAUAAAAAUGAUGAGAAAACCACGGUGUGGUGUGGCAGAUGUCGAAGAUGGUGCUUUCAAAACUCGUAGAAGGCGGUACAGUGUUUUUGGCUCCAAAUGGUCUAAAACACACCUGACUUAUUAUCUCCAACACGGCCAGGAUCUGCCGCGUUCAACACAAAACCGAGUAAUCGAACGUGCCUUGCAGUAUUGGAGUGAGGUGUCUCCGCUAACGUUUUCGCGCGUUGGUCAUCCAAGCCAGGCAGAUUUGAAAAUGAGUUUUGGCCCAAGAACUCACGAAGGAACUUCAGAAGAAAACACGUGCCGUUACCCUUUUGAUGGAGAAGGUGGUGUUCUGGCGCAUGCAUUCGCGCCAUCUGAUGGUCGACUCCAUUUUGAUGAAGAAGAAACCUUCACUGACCUCUCUGAACAAGGAACCAAUUUGUUGUACGUUGCUGUUCAUGAGAUUGGACACAAUCUUGGUCUGAGGCAUUCCAGCGUGCGAGAUGCAGUGAUGUACCCGGCUUAUCUGGGAUACAAGCCUGAUUUGAAGCUUCAUAGUGAUGAUAUUUCUGGCAUUCAAUCACUUUAUGGCUCUGGAGGUGGAGCUCUUUGCGCUGACAAGAGAGAUGAUUGUGCAAAUUACCAGGACAGGUGCAACGAGAUAAAGAACUACAUGAGAGAACAUUGCAGAGCGACUUGCAACUUCUGCUAAUAAGGUUACGUAGAAGUGACUGCCAGCAAAGGAAUUAAAUAGCAUUGUUCAGCAAAAC